AAUAAGUUACCAUGGGAUUUCAGCCAAUCUUUUGCAGUCUGUCCAGCCGGCCAGACAAUUCACUCCUUCUAGGCUAUUAUUCCUAACUUGGCCAAAGAACCGUAUCCUUCUACUAUUCAGCCAGGCGGGAGUCUGGUAGAGACUAUCAAUAUGCCUGGGGACGACAGCUGAGAAAGAGGAAGUACUGAGCGAAACGUGUCCCAGUAGGCCACGCACACAAAACUCCCCGCCUAUAUGACUAUUUUAGGAACAUUGCCUGCCCAGUGAAAGGGAACUACUAGUACUACCCUGGCGGAAGUUGAUUGCGAGAGGGCCAGUGACGAUACCGUCAUGCCUAUCUGAGAGUCAUAUCAACAGCUGACACAGACCGUAACGAUCAACGAAACUCAGGCUCCGCUCAGGAUAUCGUAUCUAGAAAUCAGCAAGGAUCAGCCAGCAAAACUCGGGGGAUUGCGCAUGCGCCCUACAAGGCACUCAGCCCAGCUUAGCCACAGAAAUGGGAGUCGUUAUCAACCACAGUUUCUACCUCGUGUCAAGACUGUAUAACAUGAAGAAGGCGGGGGAACUAUGUGACGUCACGUUGGUGGUGCAGGAAGAAGACAUUCCCGCCCACAGAGCCGUACUCUCCGCCUGUAGUGACUACUUCAGGGCCAUGUUCACGUCCGGAAUGCGGGAGUCUUCUGACUCAAGAAUCGUCAUCAAGGAUGUUACCAUAUGCAUCCAAGCUGUCAAUCAAUUAGUCGACUACGCCUACACGGGUGAGUUGCAAGUGACGCGGGAAAGUGCCACAGACCUGGCCCGCGCAGCUUCGCUCUUACUCAUGGAAGAAGCUUUAGAAAUCUGCCAAACAAAACUUGAAGAAUGCAUCGACUUGGACAACUGCCACGAACUUUUGAACUUUUCUCAAAGCUAUAAUCUGAAGAAGCUUGAGGCCGCUGUUUUUGCUUUCAUGGGGACAAACUUCCUCCAGGUAAGAGGAACUGCAGAGUUCCUCAACAUGGACGUCGACACGUUGUGCAAACUUCUGCAAAGUGACGAACUGGGAGUGAGCGGGGAACAGGAAGUACUCGACGCCGCCAAGGUGUGGCUGAGACAUGACUCUACACGUAGCAAACAUUUGGGACGUGUUGUAGAGCACGUGCGCUUCCCUUUGAUGUCGCCAGGAGAACUUUCGCGCCAUGUAAGGACAGACACAGCUCUGAUGGAGAACAGUCGCGUGAAGGAUUGUUUGAUAGAGUCGCUGUGGUUUCACCUGUCACCACACGAGCAGAGUGUGAUAGAGGGGCCCAGAACUACGGUGCGUGCGGCCUGUGAGAAUUUGGUGGUCAUUGGGGGACGUAGGAAAGAAGAGGACACACUCCUGGACCAGGUGUGCUUCUAUGACGAGAGAACGCAGACAUGGAAGGAGAUAGCGCGCAUGCCCAGGCAAAUCUGUCAGCACAGGGCUGUCGUAUUGAAUAACUUCGUGUACGUUGUUGGAGGGCUGACGGAAGCGAACAGAGAAGCAGCGAGCGAUGCCUGCUACAAAUACGACCCUCGGACUAACUCAUGGUUACAGGUGGCGUCCAUGCAGGUGAGACGGACGUGUUUCACGUUCCUGGAGUCGACAGGACGUCUGUACGCCAUAGGUGGGACGGAUGGAGACAAGUCUCUGGACUCCGCGGAGGUAUACGAUCCGCGGAGUAACACGUGGAGGUACGUUGCUAAUUUUCCGGAACACGUGUACGGCCAUGCUGCGACGACGUUACCUGACGGGCGGCUGUGCGUGACGGGCGGGUUCUCCAGGAAUAGGUACCACCGCUGGACGUUCACGUACGACGUGCGGCGGGACACGUGGGGCAGGGAAACAGAUAUGAACACGAAGAGGGGAUGGCACGUCAUGCAGACAUUUGGUGACGCUGUUUUCGUCCUGGGCGGCUGCCAUCUCCGUGCCGACGGUACCCGUACCAUGCACCUACACACCGAGCGCCUGGACCUCGCCUCCCGGCAGUGGAGCGUCUUGUCCCCGCCGCCCUUCACUGUGGGCGUCGGUCGCGCGACCGUCCUGCACGGCAAGAUCUACGUACUCCGUGCGGCUGGGGAGGACCUGCCUGCUUUAGUGUGGUACGAUGUAGAGGCUGACAAGUGGGGGUCGGACCGAGACAUGCCCGAUAAACUGUCUGGAUCUACCAUAUGCACUCUCAAGAUACCGUGGAACCUGCGCUAAAAAUUCAAAAUCUGAACUAUCUAGUUAUUACCUCCAUGAAAAACGGAGGUAUGGUUUUUGGUGUGUGUGUGCCUGUCUGUGUUUCUGCCCCCUAGCAGCUUGCUCUGGAACUGCAGGGGCAUUUUUAAGGGCAGUUUGUAGUUAUCUAUGCAAGAGGGGGCAGUUAUAAGUCAUGAUUGCUUUUAGUAUUUUGUUGUUGUACUGUUGGCGGUCUUUAGAUUGUACCGUUUGUUCUAUGUUGUAUUAUUCUAAAACACUUUCAGAAGCUAGUUCCAGAAAUAGUUUUGACAACAAAAACUAAAAGCCCCAUACAGGGUACUAGUAUACAUUUAUUGAGAUAUUGUACUGUUGGCAAUUCUUGUAUAGUACUGUUUAUUCUGUAUUGUAUUAUUUGGUAACACUUUCAGAAGUUCCAGUAAUAUAUUUGACAACAGAAACAGAAAAGGCCCAUACAGGGUUUACAUAUUUAUUGAGAUAUAUGUGACAGAGAUAGGUAGUCAAACAAAGUGGUAUACCAAAAGUUAGAUUGUCCAGAAUAGCUAGAAACUCAAUAUUCUGGAACUCAAUAAAUGUGAUGACAAAAUAAGAAUUAUUGUUGGUACAGUAUCUGAGUGUGAGAAAGAGACAGACAUCUAGCUAAUAGAAACUUCAUCCCAAAAGGCUAAAUUGUACUGCAAGUUAAGUUCCUGGAGUUGUAUAUUGCUGUAGGGAGGGGGAGGAAUAUGCUGUGUUUUAUGUUCACAGCCAAAACAGUAGUAACACAAGGCAAGGUAGAUAGAUGGUGUGAUGAGCUUACUGUAAAAACUGCAAACAUAAACUACCACAAAAUAUUUCAUGAUAUACAGUACUUCUGCAGAAGGAGAGGUAAAGUAAUCAAAAAGGACUUCUGGGAAAUG